GGCCCAUUAUGUGGCCCAUUCUGCGGCCUGCCUUUGCUUGGUUCCAACAACUAUUUGGUCGCCACCGUCACCAUGGUCACAUGUAAGGGACCACAACUGCCAUGUUCGUACCUCGCUGCGGUGUGCCACCUGGGGCCAGAGAGCAUUACACCGACUGGCCUCUGUUCCAUCAGGUGACGAUCCAUACAACACUUCAAAUAUAUAUAUUUACACAUUGUAAGUAGUCUUAAGACCUCCAUACAUACUAUCCUGGUGUUACUUCACAGCUUUCGUAGUGUGUACAUGUGCAGUGCCUUUAGCACUUGACAAUCCGGGACGAGCUACACCUUGAAGAAUCACUGUCAUGUGGCAACCCGGAUGGCUUAUAUGCAAUGCAGCCACUGGACGACGUGUUGCGGUGCUCCGAUGCCUUGCUUGAACCUGGAAAUACACCGGCCUGAUUCCCUUGCUUCUUCUUCUUCGGAUGAUAUGUGUUCGUUCAAAUGUAAUUUUCAAAGCCUCCAGUGUAGUGGCGCAAUAUACUCUUGAAAAUGGAAUUAGGGAUUACAAAAGCAUUUCACCCGAGGCCUACCGUGUCCCGCUUCCGCGUGCGAAGUCGCGCCGGGCCACCAGAGCAACUCCCAGUCUUUUCGGAGCUCCGGCUUCUCGGCAGUGUGGGGUUGGGGCCAACUGCCUGUGAAGCUCCCGUCUCGGGCAUAAUUCUGGCCACCCCCCGCUCAUAACGCUAUCAGGUCGAUCCCCUAUGCAGCCAUUCAUAAGAACCGCCUUGCGUACAAGGCUCCCUUCCUUCAGCUGCGCCCGACCCACGGCUGUGUAUUCAUGUGCACUUAGGAAACCAUCAUCCUACUCACUCAUCCACGUCUCUGCAUACACAAGGACCAUGUCCUUCGAUCGCCUUGUCCGAUUCGUCCCCAAGGGCGGCAGCAGCUCCGUUCUCAUCGGCGAGCCGGUCGACGCCUCUGUCGAUGUUGGGGUCGCUGUCCGGAAGGGCCAGGACGUCCAGGUGAAGGUGUUCAGCGGCUCGUCAGUCCUGAACCCUGGCUCGGCCACAGACAAAGUCGAGGUCAUUGACCGGGUCCUCUCGCCGCUUGACACUAAUGAAGUCGGGACUAUCCGAUGCAUCGGCUUGAACUACAGGGGACAUGCCAACGAGGUGGGCAUGAAGAUACCCGAUGUCCCGGUCGUUUUCAUGAAGCCAGCAACCUCCCUGGCAGACCCAUGGCCGGCGCCAACCGUCAUCCCAAAGCACACGCUCAAGGAUGACUGUGCCGACUACGAGAGCGAGCUCGCGGUCGUCAUCGGCAAGACGGCCAAGAAUGUCAGCAAGGAGCAGGCUCUUGACUACGUGCUGGGCUACACCGCCUGCAACGACAUCUCGAGCCGCGUCCAACAGCUCAACCAGAGCCAGUGGAGCUUCUCCAAGGGUUUCGACGGCGCUUGCCCCAUAGGCCCGACCCUGGUCUCGACCAAGGCCAUCCCAGACUCGUCAAAGCUGCAACUCAGGGGUCUGUUGAACGGCAAGGUCGUGCAGGAGAGCGGACUUGAUGACCUCAUCUUUAACGUCGCAGAACUGGUUGCCUGGUGCUCGCAGGGCACCACACUUCUUCCAGGUACUCUUAUUAUCACCGGCACGCCCGCCGGCAUUGGCUGGGGCCGCAACCCCAAGCUUACCCUGCACGGGGGCGAUGAGUUCGUUGUCGAGAUUCUGCCCCAUAUCGGCAGCUUGUACAACGUCUUGGAGGACGAGAAAUAGUUUGAAAACCGCUGGGUCUGACAUGUGCAGGGCUGCAGUUGGCAAGAGAAUCAAGCUGUGUUGCAUCUCGCCAUCAUGUCUCUAAUGUAGAAUGAGUGAUUAGAACAGUCGAUUCAGGUUCUCUCAUGAUUCACCUUCAAAACAUUCAGGAUUGCCGAACGGAUAUAAAUGGGCUGUCCGUUCUCGCGUGUAGGUUAUAGCUCCCUAUCUACGAACCAAAUUCACCGUACUUGAAUUGGU